AUGGAAAACUGCAUCGCCCGGGGUUUGUCACUGGAAGGUAUUUUGCCUGGAGGGCUCAGCGUCAAGCGGCGCGCCAGGGCAAUCCAUCGGCGCCUGCUCGAGCAGAGCGGCUCAAACAGCCAGCAACCCCAUGCGAUCAACGACUGGCUGUCCGUCUAUGCCAUGGCGGUGAAUGAGGAAAACGCAGCCGGUGGCCAGGUGGUCACCUCGCCGACCAAUGGCGCUGCCGGUGUCGUUCCCGCCGUCAUCCGAUAUUAUCGCGAUCAUUGUGUCGACGCUUCGCGCGAAGGCAUCGACACCUUUCUUCUGACGGCUGCGGCAAUCGGUGGGCUCAUCAAACACAACGCGUCCAUCUCCGGAGCGGAAUGCGGCUGCCAGGCCGAGGUCGGUUCGGCUUCCGCCAUGGCGGCGGCAGGCUUGUGUGCCGCUCUGGGCGGCAGCAACGAGCAGAUUGAAAAUUCGGCGGAAAUCGCAUUGGAACACCAUCUCGGCAUGACUUGCGACCCGGUCCGGGGUCUUGUUCAGGUACCCUGUAUCGAACGGAACGGCAUGGGAGCGAUCAAGGCGGUUUCGGCAGCUUCUCUUGCUCUUCACGGCGACGGCUCACAUUUCAUGCCGCUCGACAAUUGCAUCGAGACGAUGCGCCAGACCGGGCAGGACAUGCGGGACAAGUACAAGGAAACGUCUCUCGGCGGCCUUGCGGUCAAUCUUCCCGAAUGCUGA